GCUGCUCCCACGCUCUCUGCCCUGCUACACAGAAACUGUCUGAGCCACUGAAAACCAGAAGAGCUUCUUUUCGGCUCAGGUAGUUAAUGAAGAACCACAGAUUUCCUUGGAACGGAUUCUAGUGUGUUAACAUGGCAUGUAUAAAAACUCUGCUGUGUGUGGGAGCAUGUAUGACCACUUGGAGCAUGACCACAGGUGACACUUCUGUACCCAAAGCACAGAAUGUUCAUUGGACAUCUCUAGAUUUUCAAACUAUUCUCAAAUGGACUGUUGAAGAGUCUGAGCAUACAUAUACCAUCCUGUACUCUGAAACAAAUCACAACAACUGGAUGGAUGUUGAUCACUGCUUCAGAACAUCAGAGACUGAAUGUGAUUUGACUCAGGAGCUUGAAGCAUUGGACAAGAACUAUGAAGCUGAUAUCAGAGUAGACUCUGAGCACCUUGCUGAUGAGUUUGGCUUGGACUAUGACUUCCCUCACACCUAUGCCCCAAUGUUUAACCCCUACAAAGAGAGCAAUAUCAGCGCUUUGGAAUUUUCCCUCACGGAUGUUGAUGAGGGCACCGUCAUUCUCAACAUCACACAUCCGCUGACCUCCAUCUCUGAGGGAGGGAAGCAGCAGACCAUCAAGGACAUUCUGAAAAAUGAUCUCAAGUAUAAGAUCAGCUACUACAAGUCUGGAAGCACAGGAAAGGAGAAAAAAAAGAUUGCUGACUCCAGCUCAGCAGAAGUUUCAGGACUGGAUGCUGGACAGAGCUACUGCUUCAUGGUGGCAGCUUUCAUUCCCUCCAGACCUAAAGCCACCCAACAAGGAGCCUGGAGCACACCGCAGUGUAGACGAGGAGACACACACUUCACACAAGAUUUAAGCCUUGGAGCUUGGGUUGGCAUCAUCUUCAUGCUAGUCACAGUCAUCAUUGUCUUCAUCACAGCAACUGUCCUCUGCUGCAGAAGAAAUCACAAAAGGCAGAAAAACAUCCCAACAGCCCAGUCAUCAGUUCCUAUCUAAGGCGCACAGUAUUUUCUGUCUGUCCUUUUUUUUACAUUUAUCUGAACACAUUUCAUGCUUUCUGAUAGGAGGAUGAAUGAUGAAGAAAAUAAGGUUUUCAGUCACAAACUCCAGAUUGAUCCUCCUGCUUUAUUGUUUAUCAAUAAUAAAGUUAAAACAAAUGACUGAACAUUCAA